GGGGAUACGAUCAGUAGUGGUAGUCGUCUUGUUUAGGACUAUCCUAGUGAGUCUGUUAAAAAAAUUCUCAUGCAGUAGAGUUGCGUUCGUCUGUGACAUAGCACAUCGACAAAGUCAGUGAGAAGAAUAAAUAAAAAUGAAGUCACUGGUAAAUAAAAUAAUAAUGCUGAUCGGAUUGGUGGGUGCAGUGAAAGGUGGAGGUUUGGGUGUCCUCUAUGAGUGGAAAUAUUUGGAUUGGGUAUGGCCAAAUACAGCGCUCACCGGUAAAAACUACAGCCCGGAAAAUCCUUUCACCCAGGAUGUCGAUGUGGACGUCAGCGGUCGUGUUUUUGUAACCAGUCCCCAAUGGUUGGAGGGUACACCAAUAACCCUGUCGUUGGUAACCAAUCUUCAGGGCCCUGGGGGUCCUCUACUCACCCCCUACCCCCACUGGUCCUGGCAUACGCCCAACGAUUGCGACAAACUCAUUUCUGUUUACAGACUAGCGAUUGACGAGUGCAACAGAUUGUGGUUUGUGGAUGUUGGUCGGGUGCAGGACAAACCGAUAUGCCCAACAAAAAUUAUGAUCUUCGAUCUCUUCACGGAUCGUCUAAUCCACAAAUACAUUGUACCACCUGAUCAAACAUUCAACGGUAAGGCCUCUCUGGUUACGCCGAUUGUUGAACUCGGCGAUACCUGCGAAGACGCUUAUCUCUACAUCGCUGAUGUUGCCGAAAAUGGUCUUGUGAUUUACAACCUCCGUCAGGAUCGAUCCUGGAGGUUGAAUAAUACACGCGGUAAUGCAUUCGGUCCUGAUCCCGAUGGCAUGAAUAUAACAAUCGCUGGGGAAUCGUUUGAUCUCACUGAUGGCACCCUAGGAAUGUCCCUAUCACCCCCUGGAUUUUUCAAACAAAGAUAUCUCUACUUUAAUUCACUGGCGAGUUAUCGUCAGAAGUUCGCCAGUGUUGAUACAUUGAAGAUGAGCGAGUUUCAAGAGCCAUUGAUCUUCGAGUCUAUCCUGAAGAGACAGAGCCAAGCUGGAGUUCAGGCGACAUCUCGAAAAGGUGUUCUAUUCUUUCAACUGGCUCAUCUCACGGCAAUAGCCUGUUGGAACAUAGAGCGUCCAUUCACUCAAGACAAUAUUGAGAUUCUUGCUUUUGAUGAGGAUGCCCUCCAGUAUGUCAGUGGUAUAAAAGUCAUCACUAAUUACGAAGGGGAGGAGGAGCUCUGGUUCAAUACCAAUAGACUCCAAAAGACCAUAAAAAUGACACGAACACCUACUGAAGUCAACUUCCGGGUGAUUAUGGGCGCGGUGGACGACAUCAUCAACGGAACUAGGUGUGAACCAAGAGGCCACGGCCCUUAUCCUGACGUAUCAACGUGGCGACGGAUAUAAACUAUUUUCUCCCGUUCUUAAGUUAUUUCUCUAUUAUUUCGUAUAAUUAUAUUACACGUACGCAUUACUCUUCCGUCUGGAUUAUUCCCGUGAAUACAUUAAUGUAAUUAGAGAUGGAAAUAUUUGAGAUAAAAAACAGUCAAAUUUA